UGGUAUACAGUGUUAUGACCAAAACCAGCACUGCUGCAAAACAGCCAUGCUUUACGACAGUGUCGCAAAUCAUGGUAACGUUAUGGAGACGAGCCGGCAGACGGAGGUUUGUUUACACUCCUGGGGAGCCAACAGCUCCGGGCAGCUGGGACAGGGACAUGAGGAGGACCUGAAGGAGCCCCGGAGGCUGUCUGACACCACGGCUCUGCUGAACAAGGCUGUCCGGGCUCUCAGCGGCGGCGGCGGGCACUCCGUGGUUCUCACCGAAAAUGGAGAGGUGUUUGUGUGCGGACGGAAUGAUAGAGGCCAGCUGGGACUUGGCCACAAUGCAGACAUCUCAACUCUUCAACUCUGCCCCAGCCUGACUCAGAGGGUCACCAAAGUAGCCUGUGGUUGGGAUUUUACUCUUCUUCUCAAUGAUUGUGGUCGAGUGCUGGCAUGUGGCUCCAACGCAUUUGGACAACUAGGUGUUGGACAAACAGUCACACACUCUGCAGAUCUGCUGGUCGUUGAGAGUCUGGAGGAGCCUGUGGUGAGUGUAGCAGCAGGACUCAGACAUUCACUAGCUGUGACUGACUCCGGCUGUGUGUAUCAGUGGGGAAGAGGUCUUUUCAGUCACGCUAAGAGAGCACUCAGUCCACGCCUUGUCCCACCACACCUUGGCUCUACGGUGCCCUCUCUGGUACCAGGUCUGGAUCAGAAGACCUCACACAUGGUAUCUGCAGGCUCAGCACACUGUGUGUGCCUUACAGGAGACGGCGAUUUGUUUCUGUGGGGAAGCAACAAGCAUGGCCAGCUGACCAUCACCACAGAGCCCUUCCUGUCCUCUCCAACUGCUGUGAAGCGCUCACUGCUGGCUGGAGAGAAAGUCAUCGACGUGUGGAGCGGCUGGACGCACAUUGUUGCUCAAACAGAGAGUGGGAGAGUGUUCACAUGGGGCAGAGGAGAUUAUGGACAGCUGGGCCGACAAGCAUCAACCAGUCAGAACCCAGAGCGCCAAUCGACCGGUCCUUCAGCAGAAGGUGGAAACCAGCAGGCUCGCCUCCCUGCAGAAGUUAAAGUCCUCUGUGGAGCGACACAGAUUGCAUGCGGAUCUGAACACAACCUUGCCAUUGUGGGGGGUUGUCUCCUCUCCUGGGGCUGGAACGAACACGGGAUGUGUGGAGACGGUUCAUACAGCGACGUCUUUCAGCCACAGCUCGUUUCUCAGACUCUCAGACCUCUUCUCGUCGGCUGUGGAGCCGGACACUCUAUGACAGCGUGCACUGCGACGAGUGACUCAAGACAAAACUCUGCAACGACUCCACCUCACUGACAUCGGAGCAGGAACAUUUAGUCAGCACGAGGCAGUCGGAGACGAGAAAAACAGAAUGACUGUGUGAAUUAACAUAUUUCUGACUGGCUUAUUGGUGCUUUGCCAAGCCCACAUGUGAUUAUUCUAAGUGCCUAACUUUCACCUUCUAAUAGGCUACUCGAGCUUCACACUGAUGUCGUCAUAAAUACUGUAGUGUGGUUAGACACAGACUGAGUUAUGUUACGUAUGACGAAGGCCAUCAUUUCUAUGACCAGCCCAUCACUUUGAUGGACAUGUCUAGGGCCGGUGGCUCUGCAGGACGUGGCCACGCCUAUGGCUCCCGGUCCACCUGCCGUGCUUGUCUUGAAUCGUGAGGAAUGGGCUGGACUGGUGCAAUAGCUCCAUUCUCCCAUGACAGCAGUUUUAUUGCUGUGAUCUUGAGUGUCAGAAAGCAGUCAAUCUCUGCACAAAUCUCUUGGUCAUCUUGUGAUUUACACGUACAGUACAGUAUUUUUUCUUUGACUACUGUCCAUCACUUAUUUCUAUUCUUAGCAGACUGUUUCAUAUUAUUUGAUGCUCCGUUUGUCUCACUUGCACCACUUUCAUACUGUAUACUUUACAUUAAUCCCUCUUGGGGGAAAUUCGUCCGCUGCAUUUGACCCAACCUGCAUAUUUAUAAGCUGUGGGCGGCCGCAUUGCAGCACCGGGGACCAAACUGCAGGUCUGAAGCCAGUGCUGUGGUUAAGGGCAAUGGCAGGACUCAUUGAUGCAAUUUAUUCACUUUUUUUAUUUAAAAGUUUUUAUUUUAUCUAAGGCUGACCUGAAUGCUUCGAAGCUUCGACCGUUGCACAACCUCCAAAUCAGUAUUCGAAUGCUUUGGUAUUUUUUGUAUGUAUGUAAUAAUAAUGUAUAAAUCCCCAAAUAGCCCAUGAAAUAAGGAAUAAUCCCUCAACAUUAUUCAUUAUGCAUAUUCAACAUUAAUUAUUAUUAGUUAUUCUCAGACGGAUAAUCGCUGUUUGUUAUGUGUAGAGGUGGGUGUGUGUACAGUAGAGCGGCAGCGGCACUAUCCUGUAGCUUUGAGUACCUUCGAACAUUUCCCACAGAAGCUUCGAAGCCCAACCAAAAUGGUAUUCAGAACAGCCUUCAUUUUGUCCUUAUGAUUUAUGCAAAUUAUAUAUGAAAAUCAUCUGUCAUAAAUGAAAGUUAAUGUGCUUAUUUUUUUUAUUAGUUUGAAAAAAUAAAUCAACACUCAUUUGAAAAAUGA